AGGUGCCCGAUAAGCUUGUAUGAACAUGGCGGCCUCCUCAUCAGCCGGCGAGUCUGCUGUCCCAUGUGACGAUUUCAUGGCAUUCCAGGAAGUGCUACGCAAGUUUCGUCGUGUAGACGACACGAUUAUAUAUUCCUUAAACACAGCUUUGCCGACCGAGUCAUUUGCCGCCGAGUGCGACCCCUCCGCGCUGUGCCAAAAGUUGUACAAAGAGCUGUUGAACGCUUACGUUCAACGGGACAAGGCUAUUAAGGGAUGCCUGCAGCAGUCGAAAGACAAGCUGGACCAUCUUCAAGAGCUACGCGCGGCAAAAGGUGACGAUCCGGCCACAUUAAAGGAACUACGGAAAGAGCAAUCCAAGAUUCGUUUGCUUCGGAACGAGCUGAACGUCGAAGAAGUUGUCAAGGACCGUAGUUUUAAGGCGUUUCACGACCGGUGCCGGCUCUUCUACAGCCCACCAGAAGUUUGAUACAAAGAAAUGCCAGGUGCCCCCAGCUACUGCUACCACCGCUUUGUUUUGUAGAUAAACCAGCAACACGAAUUCUUUUUAAAUCUUCCAGGCAGACUUGUGGCAUCUUUAUUCUUGCAGUGUGUCAGCACGACAGUAAAAGAGCAGGUAAGCCUGGCUGGCCAGCACCUUCUGUUGCGUUGCGGGCACCACUCUACUGUCGCUGGCGUGAAACCAGCUGCCGCCGGCACCACGCACGUAGGCAGUGUAGUGGCCGCCCGUCAUCCUGCCAGCAUGUUCCACAACUCCGUAGAGAAUGUAGGUCGCUGGUGCCUUCAUCUGGAAAGAUGGCCGACAGAAGGUGGAACAAUUAGUCAACACCUGACAUAGCAGUUACAGAAUAAAUUUUGAACAAUGUGCGAUUUGCUCUCAUGGAA